GCAUCAAGUAUAAAUGGAUUGCACUAAUCCAAGAGCUGUAUAUAUACUAUUGCACAAUUAGUACUAUCUAGCUAGAAGUAUCCAUUGUUCUUUGCAGACGUAGUGAUGAUUAGAUCAAUGAAAACUCAUCUUCAGUUCUUUGCUUUCACUCUUUUUCUUCUGUACUGGCAACCAAUCAAACCCAUCAGAGCUGGCCAUGUGGAAGAAAUAGGGUAUAAUUAUAGGAAAGGGAGCAAGAAGGGACCAGAGCACUGGGGAGACCUUAAGAAAGAAUGGAAGGCAUGCAAAGAUGGAAAAUUGCAAUCGCCAAUAGAUUUGUCGGAUAAGCACGCUAGAAAAGCAAUCUCAAGAGUAUAUGAUCUUAAAAUGAGCUAUAAGCCUUCAAAUGCAACUAUGAAGAAUGAAGGUCAUGCUAUUGCGAUUGAAUGGGAGGGUGAUGCAGGAUCAAUUCAGAUCAAUGGCACUGUUUUUUUCCUCAAACAAUGCCAUUGGCACAGAUCCUCUGAACAUUUCAUUAAUGGCAGAAGUUAUGAUUUGGAAUUGCACAUGGUUCACCACAGCCGGAAGAACAACGUAGCUGUAGUCGCAUUCCUGUACAAAAUUGGUAGACGUAGUCCUUUUUUCUCAAAGGUAGAGUUAAAGAUCAUUAAUUUGUACAAAAAAAACAAUCAAAUUGGUAAUCUAUUAGUCACCUAAUGGUUAUCAAAUAAAAAGGCGGUUUUGCUAAGACUUAUACUCUGAUGAACUGUCUAUUUAUUUGAUAUCUUUAAAUGAUUAAGAGAUGGGUGUGGCUAUUGUCACCUUACCAUUUUCUUUGUUCACCUUACUUGCUCAUUACACCCUACAUUUUAAUUUUAAUUAUUAAAUUUAGU